AUGGCGGAGCAGGAGAGCUUGGAGUUCGGCAAGGCGGACUUCGUACUGAUGGACACCGUCUCCAUGCCCGAGUUCAUGACCAACCUCCGGCUCAGGUUUGAAAAAGGGCGCAUCUACACAUUCAUUGGAGAAGUCGUUGUUUCUGUGAAUCCUUACAAGUCUUUGAACAUCUAUGGGAGAGACACAAUCGAGCAGUAUAAAGGACGUGAGCUGUACGAGAGACCUCCUCAUCUUUUUGCAAUUGCUGAUGCCGCUUACAAAGCUAUGAAGAGGCGCUCAAAAGACACUUGUAUUGUGAUAUCAGGGGAGAGUGGUGCGGGUAAGACGGAAGCCAGUAAGUACAUUAUGCAGUACAUCGCGGCCAUCACCAACCCCAGCCAGAGAGCCGAGGUGGAGAGAGUGAAGAAUAUGUUGCUUAAGUCCAACUGUGUCUUGGAAGCUUUCGGAAAUGCCAAAACCAACCGUAACGACAACUCAAGUAGGUUUGGAAAAUACAUGGAUAUCAACUUUGAUUUCAAGGGGGAUCCUAUUGGUGGACAUAUCAAUAACUACUUAUUGGAGAAGUCUCGAGUGAUUGUGCAACAGCCAGGAGAAAGAAGCUUUCAUUCUUUUUAUCAGCUACUUCAGGGAGGUUCAGAGCAGAUGCUACGCUCUCUACAUCUCCAGAAAUCCCUGUCGUCCUACAACUAUAUCCAUGUAGGCGCUCAAUUGAAGUCUUCUAUCAACGACGCUGCAGAAUUCAAAAUAGUAGCUGAUGCCAUGAAAGUAAUUGGCUUCAAACCUGAGGAGACUCAAACUGUGUAUAAGAUUCUGGCAGCCAUUCUUCACUUGGGAAAUUUAAAAUUUGUGGUGGAUGGUGACACACCUCUCAUUGAAAAUGGCAAGGUUGUAUCUAUCAUAGCAGAAUUGCUCUCCACCAAGACGGACGUGGUCGAGAAGGCCCUUCUCUACCGGACGGUGGCCACAGGGCGCGACAUCAUUGACAAGCAGCACACGGAGCAGGAAGCUAGCUAUGGCAGGGAUGCCUUUGCUAAGGCAAUAUACGAACGCCUUUUUGGUUGGAUUGUUACUCGCAUCAAUGAUAUUAUUGAAGUCAAGAACUAUGAUACCACAGUCCAUGGGAAAAACACCGUUAUCGGUGUCUUGGAUAUCUAUGGCUUUGAAAUAUUUGACAACAACAGCUUUGAACAGUUCUGCAUCAACUACUGCAACGAGAAACUGCAGCAGCUCUUCAUUCAGCUGGUUCUGAAGCAAGAGCAGGAGGAGUACCAGCGGGAGGGCAUCCCCUGGGAGCACAUCGAUUACUUCAACAAUCAGAUCAUCGUGGACCUUGUGGAGCAGCAGCACAAGGGGAUCAUUGCAAUCCUGGACGAUGCCUGCAUGAACGUUGGCAAGGUCACCGACGAAAUGUUCCUCGAAGCACUUAACAGUAAACUGGGCAAACAUGGUCAUUUUUCCAGCCGAAAGAUCUGCGCCUCAGACAAAAUCCUGGAGUUUGAUCGAGAUUUUCGAAUUCGACAUUACGCAGGUGACGUAGUCUAUUCGGUCAUUGGAUUUAUUGACAAAAAUAAAGACACUUUAUUUCAAGAUUUCAAGCGCCUCCUGUAUAACAGUUCCAAUCCUGUGCUGAAGAACAUGUGGCCGGAAGGCAAACUGAGUAUUUCGGAGGUGACCAAACGACCUCUGACCGCUGCCACCUUGUUUAAGAAUUCGAUGAUCGCUUUAGUGGACAACCUUGCAUCAAAGGAGCCGUAUUAUGUACGUUGCAUCAAACCCAAUGACAAGAAAUCCCCACAGAUAUUUGAUGAUGAGCGCUGUCGGCACCAAGUGGAAUAUCUUGGACUACUGGAAAACGUGAGGGUGCGGCGGGCGGGGUUUGCCUUCCGCCAGACAUACGAGAAGUUUCUUCACAGAUACAAGAUGAUCUGUGAAUUCACCUGGCCCAACCAUGACCUCCCUUCAGACAAAGAGGCUGUCAAGAAGCUGAUUGAACAUUGUGGUUUUCAGGAUGACGUAGCUUAUGGGAAAACCAAAAUUUUCAUUCGAACACCCCGAACACUGUUUACGUUGGAGGAACUCCGUGCCCAGAUGCUCAUAAGGAUUGUCCUCUUUCUGCAAAAGGUGUGGCGAGGCACACUGGCCCGCAUGCGGUACAAGAGAACCAAGGCAGCUCUGACAAUUAUCCGAUAUUACCGGCAUUACAAAGUGAAAUCGUACAUUCAUGAGGUUGCCAGACGCUUCCACGGCAUCAAGACCAUGAAGGACCACGGCAAGCACGUGAAGUGGCCAGCCCCACCUAAAGUUCUCCACCGUUUCGAGGAGGCCUUACAGGCCAUUUUUAAUAGAUGGAGAGCAUCCCAGCUCAUCAAGAGCCUGCCCACUUCCGACCUGCCCCAGGUCAGGGCCAAGGUUGCAGCCAUGGAAAUGCUGAAAGGUCAGAGGGCUGACCUUGGGCUCCAGAGAGCCUGGGAGGGCAACUAUCUUGCUUCGAAGCCCGACACGCCUCAGACCUCAGGCACUUUUGUCCCCGUUGCAAACGAACUGAAGCGGAAGGACAAAUACAUGAACAUUCUCUUUUCCUGCCAUGUCCGUAAGGUGAAUCGAUUUAGUAAGGUGGAAGACCGAGCGAUUUUUGUCACCGAUCGUCACCUGUAUAAGAUGGAUCCCACUAAACAGUACAAGGUGAUGAAGACUAUUCCUCUAUACAAUUUGACUGGUUUGAGCGUCUCCAAUGGAAAGGACCAACUUGUAGUGUUCCAUACAAAAGACAACAAAGACCUCAUUGUCUGCCUCUUCAGCAAACAGCCAACCCAUGAGAGUCGGAUUGGAGAACUUGUUGGAGUCCUGGUGAAUCAUUUCAAGAGUGAGAAGCGCUACCUUCAAGUCAACGUCACCAACCCUGUGCAGUGCAGCCUGCACGGGAAGAAGUGCACGGUCUCCGUGGAGACGCGGAUCAACCAGCCGGAGCCCGACUUCACCAAGAACCGCUCGGGCUUCAUCCUUAGCGUGCCGGGGAACUGACCGCCCACCGGGGAGGCCUCGCCACCCCGUCUGACUUGCUGACUCCCCGCUACCCCCCGCUAGAAAUCAGCUCGCAAGGGUCCGCCGUGCUUGGGGCCGAGCCCCUCUUCUGCUGCCUCCAAGGCUCCUCCCCUGAGGUUUUCUUGCUGGCUUUCUGCCUUUGGUCUCCAUCCUCCUCUGCCCCCACUUUCCACAGUCCUCACUCAACAAACCAAAGACCCCGGUGCCCUGCCAUAGACCCCUGGGCUCACACCCAGACCAGAGCUCCCCGCAGAAGCAACUUGAUGUCAGCGGAGGCCCCUGCCACCACAAACCGCCCCCCCCACUGGCCAGGUCAGGCCCUGACCCAGUGACUGGCACUUGACCCCCCGCAAGGGGUGGAUGCAGUUUCCCCAACCCAAAACAUGCUCCCCUGGGGUGCUUGGGGGAGAUUGCCGGAGAUAAGCUGGGGAUGUAGCCCUGCUCUCUCCGUGAGCACAGCCUGCCACCCCUUUCCCCCAAGGGGACCUGGCUCAGAGAUCCUUGGUGGAGCCCCUCUCCCCAGCAGUCAGCCAAGGCCAUCAGGAGAGCAGGUUCACCUGUCGGGCUGGCGCCUUGGCCCGGAAGCCAGUGCUGGCAGAAGUCAUGCCCACCCCCGCCCGGGGCCUGCAGGCCACCUCUGCGGGAGAGAGCAGAGCAGGUGCUCCAAGGCCCAUCCUCCUCAACUGCACGGCCUGGGCCCGUGGUUGUUGCGCAGUGAUGUGUGCAACACACAGGGCUGCGCCUCGGGUGUGGGGUCUGCUGUGCCCACACUCAUGUCGGGCACACUGAUGAGAAAAUGGAGUUGCAGGGGCCAGGGAGCACUCUGGGGCGGGGGGGCUGUCCAGAAGUU